AUCUCCUGGCUUGGGCGUCAUGUUCUGGUCUGAUGCUUAUCAGACCCCGGUCCCGGUUCUUUGAUAUGAGUUCCCAGCCUCUGUUCACAUAAAAAGGGGUCACGGCCGGCGAGAAAGACUCUUAGAAUGGUCUCCCACCUUCCUCGUCAUCAUAUUGAUAAUUAGUUGCCCGAACUUAACUAAGUCACUCCACCCAAACAAGCUUGGGACGUCCGUGAGUGCCACAUUCGAGGACCUCAGCGCUGCUUUCCUCCUGCCUCUGCUCCUUCGCAUCCUCCUGCUGGUACCUAAAAUAGUUACCAUUCGUUCCUCUUCUCGACCCCUAACACAGACACUCAUCUAUUGCGCCUUUUUCACAGCCGCCGCCAAGCAAUUUUCGCUGCAGCGUACUGAUCCCACCUCGAGACCCAGCACGAGAAGCCAAGUCGGGCGCAUCCAGAAACACCUGAUGCCUCCAUCAACCUUGCCUAUAGAUGAUGGGUUCGAAGGUCCAAGCCGCCAUCGGCCCACAUCACAUGGCAGGCCAAUCUCAACGCCAUCGUCUGAGGCCGAUGUGCUUGUCCAUACACAGGCUCACAGUUUCGGCAGCAGCUUCUCGGGAGAUAGUGAUUACGUACCAAGGUCAAGAUCAGCCUCCUUCUCCGCGCGCUUUCGGCAGGCCGGCGGUGUUAAUAGCAUUGACAACUUCGCACGAUCGUGGCAGCGAGCCGCAGGUUUCCCAGAAGUUCUUCCUCGUCGCCCUUCCUUCGUGGCAGUUGAUGCAGAGGAAGACUGGCUUACUCCAAGAAAUGAUUCCCCUAGGUUGCAUGAUCAGCGCGAACAAGAGGCGGAUGUUACACAGCCUCUACUGAGCUCUGAUGGGGGUAUAGAAACUCGCGGUACCACUGCCCAAGUCCAUUCAGGAUAUCCGAUCCCGGGUGCAGAUAGAUGUGAGCCCCUACUUGGGACUUCCUACGGUACUAUCUCGUCCCGAGUCAGUGAAGCAGCGCGGAGGAAUGCGGUGCAACUUCAUAGGGAGCAAAAAAACCGCAGCGAUACGACAAUGGAUCCCGAAGGGGAGUCAUUACUCGUCAAGCAAGUUCAACACGAUGAUGGUACACGCGAAUGUGUGGUUGUUGGACAAUCUACCGUACCACAGACUAUUUUCAAUUCCGUAAACGUCUUGAUCGGGAUCGGUCUACUUAGCCUACCAUUAGCCAUGAAACAAGCGGGGUGGCUUAUCGGCCUGACGUUCCUGCUCUUCGCGGCAUUCACAACAGCAUAUACAGCAAAAAUCCUUGCAAAGUGUCUGGACGUUGACCGAAGUCUCGUCACAUACGCUGACCUAGCGUAUAUCAGUUUUGGGCAUCAUGCGCGCUUAGUGACAAGUCUAUUGUUCUGCCUGGAACUCCUCGGAGCUUGUGUCGCCCUCGUUGUGCUCUUUGCAGACAGCCUGCAAGCUUUAAUACCGGGUCUCAGUCUUCUUCACUGGAAAGUCAUAUGUGGGCUCAUGCUUAUUCCGCUAAAUUUUCUACCUUUGCGACUCCUCAGUGUGACGAGUAUCCUUGGCAUUCUGUCUUGCACAUCUAUUGUUCUUAUCAUAUGUAUCGAUGGGUUACUGAAAACAACACCGCCGGGCUCGCUGCUUCAACCAGCCCGAACCUCCCUGUUGCCAGAUAAUUGGGGAACGCUUCCCCUCAGUUUUGGACUUAUAAUGUCACCGUGGGGCGGCCACGGUGUGUUUCCAAACAUAUACCGGGAUAUGAGGCAUCCCCAGAAGUACAACAAGAGUCUCUUGGUGACGUAUUCCUUCACUUAUUCCCUCGAUUGCGCGAUGGCCAUUGUGGGCUGGCUUAUGUUCGGUGAUACAGUCCGAGAUGAGAUUACUGCCAAUAUUUUGUUGACAACGGAGUACCCACGGGCAUUAUCUAUUUGCAUGAUUACUUUCAUCGCAACUAUACCAAUCACGAAAGUUCCCUUGAAUUGCCGCCCUCUCGUGGCUACCAUCGAGGUUCUUUGUGGACUUGGUCCACGUUCUGAAAGAUCAACAGGGCAUGGAGCAAUGAGAUCUAUAUCCCGCGAAGCUUCAAAGGCGGCGAUACGUACAACGAUCAUUGUCCUUAUUGUUUUCAUGGCAGUUCUCUUUCCGUCAUUCGACAGAAUCAUGGCGCUAAUGGGCUCGGCUUUGUGCUUCACGAUAUGCGUUAUUCUGCCGCUUGCAUUCCACCUGAAGAUCUUUGGCAAAGAGAUUACGCCGUGGGAAAGACUGCUGGACUGGAUUUUGCUGGUCACGUCUUCAAUACUAGCGCUCAUCGGAACCACUUGGUCUUUCAUGCCGCAAGAAACCAUUUCUGCGAUGUGA